AUGCGCUGGUCGUGCGCGUUUACCCUGGCCCUUUUUGCCGGCCUAUCAGCGGCACAUGCGGAUCCAAAUGGCCCUGAGCACGCAGUGCCGAAGAUUUUCGGUGGGAGAAAGUUCCUAUCGGAAUUGAGAGGAAGGAAGGCAUGGGAGAGCAGGACACAAGCUUUGCGGCAGCGUCAGGUGUUGGAGGACGUAGGCUACGUCGACCAACGAGACAAUGCAAGUCCCAACGACGCCAACGAUAAUAAAAGCGGGCGAUGCGGAGGAACCCGUGGUGCCUGCGCAGCCGGAUACUGCUGCUCUGCUGAAGGGUGGUGUGGUUUAGGCACGGAUUACUGCGAGGCUCCCGACUGUCAAUUGAAUUACGGACCCGGAUGUGAUGGCAACCAAAAGCCGGACGGAGUCGACACCUCAUCUAUUGUUCGAACGAGAUUCGGCAAGGUCCAGUACGGCGGAGUGGGUGUCUACGACUGUGUCAACAAGGGUGAUAUUGCCAUCACCUUUGACGACGGCCCCUACAAUUAUACCAACGACCUCCUAGACAAGUUCAAGAAAUAUGGUGGCAGAGCUACCUUUUUUAUCACCGGGAACAAUAUUGGUAAAGGAAUGAUCAACGAUCCAGACCUGCCCUGGCGGGCUGUUAUUCAGAGAAUGGCCGCCGAGGGUCAUCAGAUAGCUAGCCACACUUGGUCGCACCAGAACUUCAGUCAAAUGAGCGCGGUUCAGGCUCAGAACCAGAUGUUGUGGAAUGAGAUAGCGCUGAACGACAUUCUAGGCUAUAUCCCUACGUACAUGAGACCCCCCUUCUCGAUCUGCCCUGCGGCUUGCCAAUCAAUGUUGGUCACACUAGGAUAUCACGCAAUCUACUUCGAUUUGGAUACCGAGGGGUAUCUUCAUGAUGACCCUACGCAGAUUCAGACCAGUAAAGAUAUUUGGGACGAAGCCAUCGACGGCUCCACUCCUUGCAAAGACAGCUACUUGAACAUCGAGCACGACAUCCACUAUCAAUCUGUUUACAAUCUGACAGACUACUUCCUGGACUCGCUUUUCAAGCACGGAUACAGAUCAGUGACCGUAGGGCAAUGCCUUGGCGACCCUCCAGAGAACUGGUACCGAGCUGGAAGCUCGCCUGUUCCUAGCUACAGCUUUUCCGUGAAACCCGCGACUGGGACAUAUAGCUGCCUGAGGACGACGACGGCGAAACCCACGACACCAACGACGCCCACAACCACAACGAGGCGCACCACCUCGACAACCAGAACAACCUCGACGCCAACAGCUACUCUUAGAGUCAGCAACGACGGCCUCUGCGGAACCGGCGUUACGUGCAAGGGGUCAAAAUACGGAAACUGUUGCUCUGAAAAUGGUUAUUGCGGCGCGUCGGUCGAUUACUGCGGUGAUGGCUGUCAGGCCGCCUUCGGUGUCUGCUUUGUAGGUGACAGCACCAUCCCACCCCGAGAUACCACCACCUCCAGAUCUACAGCACGGCCCAGCCCUACAGGCCCCGGCAUCCCUGACAGCCCAUUGUCGCCCACGACCCGCACCACCACGAGCACGGGACCGACGUCCACCGCGACACUUGGGGUAAGUACCGACGGCAGCUGCGGCAACGGGAUCACCUGCUCCGGCUCAGCUUACGGAAACUGCUGCUCCGAGCACGGGUGGUGCGGCGUCGACAUCGACUAUUGCGGCGACGGCUGUCAGAUCGCCUUUGGCUCAGGUUGUCAGGCAAGCGGACCCCCUUCUCCAAGUCCAACUACCAGCACGUCCAGCACGUCCACUGCCACGGUCCCUCCUCCUCCACCAUCUACUACCACCACCUCAUCGUCCACCACGAGUGCCAACCCCCCAACCACAAGGACAACUUCCACUAAACCGCCGCCCACUACUAGUAGCACUAGCAUCCCCGUGACCACGCGGACCUCGACCGUCCUCCCCCCGCCAGCGCCCACGCCGACAACCAUCGUGCCAAGCAGAGACGGACGAUGCGGACCGGUGGCCCCGGGCUACGCCUAUACGUGUCGCGGGAGCGGCUAUGGCCUGUGCUGCAACGGCUUAAAUAGGUGCGCGUUGCUGUGUCUCCUAGAUGGGUGCCAGCCCGAGUACGGAACUUGUAGCAUUCUGAUCGGUCCCGGCGGCGAGGAAGAGGCAGCUGCAGCAUAA